AAAAACAAAAUAGACAAAUUUGGAGUUUAGUUUAUUUUAUUUAUUACUGGCUAUGCGUUUGGAAACACAAAAAAGGAUAAAAGGCAUAUUUCAGGAAUGAUUGAACUAAACUCUCUAUACUAUUUUCUAACCUUUUCUUUUUCUUUUUUCUCUUUCUUCUUUUUGUUUUCUUCUUUCUUCAAUUUACACAAAUUACUAGAUAAGAAAAUUGAGAAGAGAAAGAACAGUUAAAAAUAAAAAGAGAAAAUAAAAGACUACAAAAGGCCCAAAUCACAUCUGAAGUGCAUAUUCAGGGAAGGGCAAUUUUCAAGAUUUAAUUUCAGGAAAGGAUAAGAUAGAGACACAGACCAAGUAAAACAAAGAAAACCCAAUUUGACUGGAAAUCAGAUUCCCAUUGAUUUGCAGAUCUGUUUUAGCUUCGGGUAGUUCUUGUUUUGUAUAUAUGGGUGGUUGUCUAGGAUGCUAUAAGAGGCCGACUUUCAAUCCCUUGGUGAAUGAGUCAUCAAAAGGAUUAAAAGCUCAAGGACAGUCAGUGAGGAAAGCAAGUGUAUCAGAAGAUUUCUGGACCACUAGCACUUGUGAUAUGGAUAACAGUGCAGUGCAGUCACAGGGAAGCAUCUCAUCGAUCAGCACAAGCAACCAGAUGCUUGAUCCACGUGGCAGUGCUGCAAGUGCUAAUGCCCACUCUGAAUUUGUAAAUCAUGGACUUCUUCUCUGGAAUCAGACUAGGCAGCGUUGGGUAGGAAACAAGAAGUCUGAAAAUCAGCCACGACAGGUUCAAGAACCCAAGCUAAACACUCAUUGUCUCUGCAUGGUUAAACAAUUCUGGCUUUGCAGUUGGAAUGCGACUUACGAAAAUUUACUAGGAAGCAACAAGCCAUUCCCUCAGCCUAUUCCUCUUGCUGAAAUGAUAGAUUAUCUUGUGGACAUCUGGGAGCAGGAAGGGUUGUAUGACUGAGCAACAGUAUAACAAGGACAAUGGAAAAAUGGUUACUGGCCAUACCACCCAUUGGAAAGUAUUAAUUUGCUUUCAUUAAUUUGAAAGCGUACUGAUAGUAUAAAGUGAUGAUAAAAUUUGCACAAAUUGUUUAGUACGUGCCAUGGCUCUUCGUCUUAGGUAAAAUAAUAUGACCAUAUCUCCUAAAAUUAUUACUCUAUAAUUUGCAUAUCACAGUAAUGAAAGUAUAGGGUUCACUAACAUUAUGAAGUUCAAAAUUAAAAAAGUGUUGGUUUUAAGGGUGUAAAUGAUACAUUAAUACU